GGGCUGGGAAUAUUUUUUGCUGAUACGUCAUUGCACGCUAAUAGAAUUCUUUUAUGAAUUAUAAUUUUUCCCUGGCAUUCUGAUGUAGUUCAGUAUUUGCGUUGUGUAUGUGUAUGAAAAAUCUGGACAUUCAAACAAGCUUUUACUCUGAUUAAUGAAUAAGAAAGAAGGGCUGAUAUCACAGUAUCCAUUGUUCUCAAUAUACUCUGCAGUCUAAAGUAUCAAAUUUUGGUUCAAGGGGAGGUGGAAAAAAUUAGAGUGUACUUUGACAAUGCAAUAUAAGAGAAGAACCGAGACAUACUAGCUCCAACUCAGGCUCCUCCUCAGCCUCCACUAGCUAUAUAUGCCAGAAUUACAACAAGACGCACGAUCAAAGGUGCCACAAUUUGGUGCUAGGGGAGGUGUUGGGGAAGUUGGUUUUACCAAAUGCUUGGACAGUGUUAGAAAGGGUACUAAGAGUGAGCUUACUGUCACACCAGAACCUUCUGAUGUACCUCAAUUGAACCGACACAUGCAAACUCGUAUGGAUCCUUCAACUCAGGCUGAUCCUGCACCAUCUAAAUCAGAACCAAAACGAGAAGCACAAAUGGUGCCACCGUUUGGUUCUUGGGAGGGUGAAGAUGAGGCUGGUUUUACCCAGAGCUUUGAAAAUGUUAGGAAGAACAAUAAGAUCGGGCAUACUGUCACACCAGAACCUUCUUCUGAUGCACCUCCCGGUGUAAGUGAACCUCCAGCUAAAGAGGGCCGUUCUAAAUUGCCUCAUUUUGGUGAUUGGAAAGAGGCUCGGAAAAAUAAGACUGCAGUACCUGUACCAGACCCCAUUAAGCCCCAGCUCAACCGAGAUGUCAACAAUAGAGCUAGGCCUUCUACAACUGUUGGAACUAAAUUUAAGGCAGAUGGUCGUCAUCAGCUGAGUAAUGCAAGUAGAGGGUCCAAUUCUUCUAUGGCUACUUCUGAAACUCUGUCUUCAUCUAUUCAUCAGAAAAGAGGCAGGCUUCAGCAACGACCUCCAGCUGAGCGGGGUAAUCAAACUCCAGAUAAAGGGACAGCAAUUCCUGCAUGGGGUGUCUGGAAUACUGAUCCCCAGCAAGUUGAGGGUUUUACAGGUGCUUUCACAAGGGCUAAAGAGGAGCGAUCCUUCGUAAAUUGGGGAAGAAUUCCUCUAUUGGAUGAGGAUUCAAUUGUUGCAAGAGGAUUGACUCUAGGUAGAGCUGAUAAUGAUGACACCUAUGGAGGAGGUAAAAGAUUAAAAGUCAAGCCAACGGAUAGCAACCACCAGGAUGUUGGUCAGUUUGGAAAUGCAUCCAAAAGCGUCCCAGCUUCCACUGUUGGAUCUGAAACUCCUUUCCAUGAUAAAACCAAACUCAUACAGCUUUGGCAUCAUUUCAUAAAAAAAUGUACUACAUUCUAUAAGAAAGCAGCAUCAAGAGUGCGGUGAUGACCCUCAACAAUGACACUCAGCAACAUCUAUCUAUUUCACCAGCCAACUUAUCACUCCAAUUAAGAGGAAAAGGUCAGCCUUUUAUCUAUGUAUCUUUACCAUUAGAGAGGGGAGUUGCAGCAAUUGGUCAAGUCACUUGAAUAUCUAGCAUGAGUCUCGAGUUUGACUCCCACAGAUUUACAUGCAAAGUACAAAUUCUUCACAAAUUAAUGUUUGAUCAUAUCAAAGUAAAGGUUUACCUCCUGACCUGUGCGUCCUAGGAUGAGUAGGAUCCGGCACAGAUUAUAAAGUAACAAUAUGGUAUGGUCCUAUAGAUACAGUCUUAGGCGACGAGGCACUUGAUAUGUGCACCACUUCUCCCAGGAUCUUCUUGCAGCAUGUAAAUGGGCUUCCUCGAGUUUUUUACUUGAUAUAUAUUCCCCGCUAUAGUUGUUCUUGAGGUAAUGAAUUAUGGGAUCAAUAUUUUUCUUCUAUUCCGGACCUCCUGGUGGUUGCUGCUAUCAACCAUUUUUCUUCAAAAAGUUCAUUCCUUUCAGCUUUCAGAUGUACACUUACUGAUAAGUAAAUUUGUAGAAGUCAGAAACUGAUAUUUUUACUGUCUUACAGAUAGGUCACUACGAAAAAAAUAGACAUUUAGCAAUAGAUCAAAUCCGCUGCUAUCUUUUCUGUUGCUAAAUAUAGGUAGCGACAGAUUUUGAAACGGAAUUACUCCAUUGGCAAAACUAUUGUCUAGCGACGUUGUAUUUGUUUUCCGUUGUUGAACUUAGCAACGGAUUUUUAUUUCGGUCGCUGGUUUUAGCAACGGAUUU